CCUGUGACGUCAGGAGCAGUCGACGUGUUUACACUCUGCUCGCGGCCAAGGAAGUUGACGAGGUUCUCACUGAAAUACCUUGAAGAUUGUUGCUGUAGUACAACUCUCAGAAGUGAGCUGAGAUAAUCAGUAGACUUGCAGCCACAUAACAGGAAUGUAAUUCCCUGCACAAAACAAGGGCCACCUGCAUAUGGAAGAUCAUAUACAGUACUGUUCUGUAAUGAGGUGUGUGAUUCAAGCUUGACAUUACACAAUUGUAAGAGUUACUGCAGCACUCAAAAGCUUGACAAGAUGGGGGCUGGUAGCAGCAGCAUUAUUGAGCUGGCCUCCAAUCAGUACCUCAAGAGAUUUGUAAGCACAGAGAUCAUUACUGCCAAUGAUCCCUUUUGGAAUCAGCUCCUAUCAUUCACAUUUUCAAUACCAGACACUAGUUCAGACCAUCGCCUAUUGGAAGAAUCUGUGACGUCACUUUAUGUGGAACUCCUACAGAACCAUGCAACCAGUGGUAAUGUUGCAUCUCUAAUUCAUGUGUUCCUCUCCAGAGCAACAGAACUUAAAGCAUCAGCACAGUGUGAUAACAGUGUGUUUACAUGGCAAGCAUAUAAUGCACUCUUUAUUGUUCGUUGCGUAUGCAAGCUACUUAUACAACACUUGUCAGAAGAUGAAGUAAUUGAAGUUCUUCAGACUUCCCCUACACCCACAGAAGAAGAUACAACCCCUAAAGACAACUCAACUCUGGUGGAGGAUCUGGUGACCAGCCUUGUUGAGGUCAUAGUGGAUGUACCUCUAGUUGACCUCACAUACUCACUCCACCAUGAAGCCACAACCACACUCCUAGUUCUCACAUCAGCCCUGGUCUUUGCAUCAGGAGAGCUCUGCUACUUAACUAUUUUGAAAAUGUUGAUGACUGGCCGUGCUUCCAUUCAUGCCUGUCUGUUUGUCAAAACCUUGUUGAAACGAUUCAUGGCUCAAGACAAGCCUCCUGUUAAAGAUGAAGGUGGCAGCGUCGUACUUGGGUUAGCCUCUGGACUAUGGAAUGUUUUGACCUUGGGAUUAGUUGGGAGUGGAGAGGAGUCUAUUAAAAAGGGUCCCGAGUCUCCUUUAGCAUCACAGAGUGUGCUGCUGCUUUUGGUGCUAGCCAACCACUAUACCGCAGAUCGUACUACAAGAAAUCCUUACCGGCAAGCACUACUGCAUGCACAGAACUUCCAUGAUCCUGCAGAGAGCACACCAACGCAAGCAGCUGCAACAUUCAAAUUAGAGUUUGCCACAUUGUACAAGACAUUAUAUAUUCACCUGCAUGACGACCAAACAACGCUGCUCCUGUAUCUCCUCCUUCACAAGAAUGAGGAUUUCCGCACCUAUGUGCUAUCCCGGACAGACAUGGAGAGUUUAAUUCUUCCAAUCCUCCAUACUCUCUACCAUGCCCCUGACAGCACCUCUCAUCACAUCUAUAUGUCACUUAUCAUACUACUCAUUCUCUCGGAAGAUGAUUCAUUCAACAAAACAAUUCAUGAUAUUCCCCUAAAGAACAUCACCUGGUACACAGAGCGGCUUAUUAGCGACAUAUCUCUUGGUGGCCUCCUCAUCCUCGUUGUCAUCAGAACUAUAACUUACAACAUGACUAAAAUGAGGGACAAAUACCUGCAUACCAACUGUUUAGCUGCCCUGGCCAACAUGUCCAGCCAGUUCAGGUCCCUCCAUCCAUAUGUGUGUCAGCGUCUUGUUAGUCUGUUUGAAACCCUUAGCAAGAGACAUGCCCGUCUGUGUGAGACAAUCAAAAUGGCCGAAGAUCUUCUUGAAGAGUCUGAGAAUGACAUGCCAGAUGCUCUGAGUGAUGUUAGUGUCCUGGAAGAAGUUCUCCGCAUGGUUUUGGAAAUUUUGAAUUCUGUCUUGACUCACCAAUUGGCCCACAACCACAACUUGGUUUACACGCUGCUUUACAAACGACAUCUCUUCCAUCCCUUCUCGACACAUCCCAAUUUCCAGGAUGUGACACAAAAUAUAGAAACGGUUCUUUCAUAUCUAAUGGGUCGUCUGGAGACAACUAAAAGAGAUCCUGGAGUCCAAGACGUGCAGGAAGUGAUUCAGCAAGGUGUGCUUCAUUUACCGAAAGACCGUUUAAAAAAAUUCCCAGAGUUGAAAUUCAAAUAUGUAGAGGAAAAUGAGCCUGAGGAAUUUUUCAUUCCAUAUGUAUGGACACUGGUAUACCAUAAGUCAGGGCUUUAUUGGAACCCAAAGUGCAUCUGUAUGUUUGAUCCUUCACAGCCUGAUGGCUAAUUCCAAACUUUAGCCAGAUGGUAUCUGGUCCUUCUCAGCCUGAUGGCUAAUAGCAAGCUUUAUCCAAAUGCUAUCUGAUUCUUAUUAGCCUGAUGGCUAAUAGCGAGCUUUAGCCAAAUGGUAUCCGAUCCUUCUUGGUCUGAUGGCUAAUAGCAAACUUUAGCCAAAUGGAAUCUGAUCCUUCUCAGGCUGAUGGCUAAUACCAAACUUUAGCCAGAUAUUUGAUUCUUCUCAACCUCAAACUCUAGCCAAAUGGUGAUUGACUUUUAUGUUUUUUUUCAUUUUGAUGUACUGUACAUGUCUUUAUGUUGUGUGUUUGUUAUGAUUUCAAAGGUUUAUUGUUAGUGGGACAAAAAUUGCACUCAAUAAUUGUAAAGUAGGUAGGGUUGCAGUUUGAAGGUAAAUUUUUGUAUAAUGCUAUUGUAUUUAAAGAAAAGUCAUUAGUGAUUGAAUUAGAAAUUUUGUAUGACAGUUAUUGAUUAGAAACAGUAUUUAUAUUUAAAUCAGUGGAGAGUAUUGUUAGGUAGGGUUAAUUAAAAUAUUUAACCACGUUUGCUAUAUAUUAUAUUUAAUUAUUUUCUUUUGGAUUUGAGACCUUGAACUUUAACCUUGCAUGUUGUUACAUCACCAAAUAAUAUUACGUAACCAAACAAGGUCCAAAUAUAUGUGUAGCUGAUGGCGUACACUGUACUGGGUUGUAAAAAGUUUUACAAAAUAAUUUUGUAAUCUACUUGGCAUGUGCAAAAAUUUGUGUAUCUUUGUAUUACAAAUAAUGUUUAGUAUUCUUAAUACUAUUCAGAAUUUUUUGUUUCAACCCUUAAAAAGCGGUUGCCUUCAUAUGUUGAUCUAGGCCACUGGUUUUCAUCAUUUGCUAAUUUUAGACAUUGUCCUGGUUUUGUAUACAAAUUACUGUAUGUGAAUAUGGCUAUAGUACAUCUAUAUGGGGGUAAUGGAGUUAACCUAGACUCCUGAACAAUUUGUUAUUGUUUUGUUAUUGCUUUAUAGGUGAUGAGAUUUUGUACUAGUGGCCUAUAAUUAUCUUCAAAUCAGAACUUGGCUUUCACCAUUGGCAUUUGAAUCUAUUGCUGGCUUAUAUUCAAAGACAGAACAGCAGCAAUGGAGUUAGUUGCGAGACACUUCCUUUGAGCUGUGGCAAAAAUAGGUUUAUGUGCAAUGUAGCUAUACAUAUUGCAUUGUAAGUCUAUGUAUGGUAUUCAGUCACUUCUGUAAAUUAUUUGUAACAUUGUCUAAAGUAAAGUGAAGAAACAAACAUAAAAGCCAUCCAAGUCCUCUACCCCUUCACCACUGUGUCAGCAACUACACAUUUUGUGACCAUCACCCAUCUUCCUCCUGUACACGAAAGUAGAAAAUUCCCCCCCUCCCCUCAUCUAGGCGAGGUAGCAAUUAUGAUAGCCAUACUUUUUAAGGGUUAAUACAAAUUAUUGCAUAAAAAAUGUAAAGUACUUGUUAAAAGCCAGUAUCACUUGAUGUAAAGGAUCUUGCCAGUGUGUAUUGAGAGUGGUAUUUAUUAUGAUUUAAAUCAUUUGAGGUGCAAUUAUUAUUAACCUAAUGCAGGACCCCUUGAAUGCUGACAGAUUAGAUGGCAGCUCUUGCUGUCAUUAAUGUACAGUAGAGUGUACUGUAAAUAUUCUGGGUAUUCAACAUGCAACUGUGUUUUUCAAGGAACAAAUUUCAUUUUUAUUUUAUGUUAUUUUGUUAGGUACCCUAUGCAGUGCAUAUUUCUUGGUUUUACUGGUCAUCAUGGUCUUCCAGUGGAUUGUUUCAAGUAUUCAGUCUGUGUUUAAAACAUGAAAGACAACUACGGACAUUGGUCUUAUUGUUUUACAUUGCUCAGGACACCUUUACUCAAUGUUUCAUUUGUUUCUCCAACUUUUUAUGAAUAAUACUUAACAGCAAACUGCCUCAACCUCUUAUAACCAUAUCCAAAGCAAAGUAUUCCAUUUGUAUGCCAGUUAAAUACCAUGGUUACUGAACAAUUUCCUUAAAAUUGUUAGCUCUCAUGAGCCUAUAUGUACCAUUUCUUUGCACAAAAAUGCUAGACUGACAUCCAUCUUUAUCAAGUGAACAUUGUACUCGACCUAGUAUACAAACAAAAGGGUAUUUCUUGUUUGUUAAUCUUAAAAAUGUCCGUGCAUGUAAUGAAAUUUUUUAAAGGUGUUCUGAGCUAUACAAGGCAUUUUUAUUUGUUCAAUAUCAAGAAUUUCAUAGAACAUAUAUAUAUAUAUAUUGUAUUUAUCAUAGCCUAUUAUUUCCACUUAAGUGCAGUAUACUACAGUGAACUGCACAUUCAUUUUCCAAAAAAAAAUAAAAAAAUUGUAUGUUAUAUUUAACUGGUUAUGUUGUGAUAAAUUGCUAUUCUAAUAUAAAAAUUUAAUUUUGA